CAGCUGACAGCCGGUGAUCUGUUAAAAAGCAUUCAUGUGAAAAUUUAAAGUACACCAAAAUUUACGUUGAAAAAUGUCAGAGAGAUUUUUGACCGAAGAGGAGGUUGCCAAGGCCUGUCAUGAGCCUGAUGAGUCCACAAAGGAUUUCAUAAUGCAGCAGACGAUGUACAGAAUUAAGGACCCAAAAAGGUCGUUGGAAUUCUACACGAAUAUUCUUGGAAUGAGGUUGCUUCAGCGGUUUGACUUUCCUGCUAUGAAGUUCUCACUGUAUUUUAUGGGGUAUGAAAAGGCCGAGGACAUCCCGGAGGACAACAAGGAGAGAGUUAGAUGGACAUUUUCCAGACCUGCCACUAUAGAACUUACCCACAACUGGGGAACAGAGAAAGAGGAAGGUGAACCAUAUCAUAAUGGCAACUCUGAUCCAAGAGGAUUUGGUCACAUUGGAUUGAAUGUACCAGAUGUUUACAAAGCAUGCGAGAGGUUUGAGAAGAUGGGUGUUAAAUUUAUUAAAACACCAGAUGGAGGGAAGAUGAAAGGUUUGGCAUUCAUUCAAGACCCAGAUGGUUACUGGAUAGAAAUUCUGAGUGCUAAUCAAAUGGCACAGGAUAUGACACCAAGCAAAAAACCUGAAACUGACACUAAGCAAUAAACAUUUUUUUUGUGUGUUUUAGAGCAAUGCUAGUCAUUAUAAUGACUUAAAAAAUGACCUCAAAAUGCCUUUACUUUGUUCAUUGAAAUUAAUUUAUUACCUACCUGUGAUUGUUCAUUUUCUCUCUUGAUUUGUCAUUUCUAAUCCGUUAUAAUUGUAUGUUUUUUAAGACAUAAUGUAUCCCAGAAAGUUAUUUACCAUUUAAUAAAACCAUUGUUUGGAGUUCAGAUGGGGAAUAAUAUUAUCACAUAAGGGCACAUGAUAGGCAUCAGAAUGACAGAAAUUGAAUUUAAAGAGAAAAUCAUUGUUUGAGAUGUAUAAUUUUGAUUCUAAUCUGAUAUCAAGGAUUAUUUUGUACAUCCUUGAUGACAUACCCCAAAUGUUUGCCUGUUUUAUGUGGUUUUCUUUUCCUGUGUACCACUAUCGUGUUUUACGCUAGGAUGUAAUGAUUGGCUGUACAGACAGUGAUUUUUUUGCAUAAAGACGCACAGUUUCAGUCUUCUGCAUUUAAUAGAAAAAACGGGUCAUGUUAGAAUAUUGUAUUUAUAAUAAGUGUUAUGAAUACAUGAAAGUAUUAUUUAAUUAAGGAAGUUCUGAUAAAAAUGAAAAAGUAAUGUUAACUCGAAGUCUUCCAUACCACAAUACUUGUUCAUUUUCAGUAAUUAUACAGUUACAGCUAUGAUGUACUUGCUGCAAGUACUCCAUUUAUAAGUUACAUGUGCCAUGCUUUUUUACAUUUGCAAAGCCUUGUGUUCAUAGCCAUGAUCAUGUUUUCAUUGCUCUGUUGAUAGAAUAUGGAAAAUUACUGUAUUGUGAGAUGCAGGUAAUUUCUUCUGAUCAGCUAGUAGGCUUGUUUUUGUGCGAAAGGAUUUAUAAAUAAACAGAAUUUUAUCAAAUAUUG